AUCCAUCAAUUUCCCAUCACAAAACACAUAAAACUAUAUCAUCAUCUUCCAUAGCUGUACACAUCCUAUAUUUUCAUUCAUGGCGAUGACACCGCAGCUAGCAUUUUCUCGCAUGCCUCCAGGGUUUCGGUUCCAGCCGACGGACGAGCAGCUUGUCGUCGACUACUUGCAGAGGCGUACCGCUGCGCAGCCAUGCGUUACUCCCGACAUCACCGAUAUCGACGUUUACAACGUCGACCCGUGGCAGCUUCCAGCCAUGGCGAUGUAUGGAUCGGAUCAUGACCGGUACUUCUUCACGAUGGCGGCCCGAGAGGCGCAGGCCAGACGAACGACACCGUCGGGUUUCUGGAAGCCCACCGGCACAAAGAAGACGAUCUUCGUCGUCGCCGGUGGGCAUGAGGUGCCCACCGCCGUCAAGAGGAGGUUCGUCUUCUACCUCGGCCACCACCAACCAUCGGGCAGCAACAACAACAACAAAACAUCAUGGAUCAUGCAUGAGUACCGUCUCAUGAACUCUCCAAGAGCGGCAGUGCCGUCGUCUUCUUCGGUGAAUCGUCUUCCCACUGAUGAUCUCACGGAAGAGAUGGUGCUGUGUAGGAUCUCCAACAAGGACCUGCCUAAACCACCCUUCAUCCACAACAGCUUGUUGCAGUUCUCUUCAGUGGGGUUGAAUGGUGAUGGGUAUAAUUACUUGAUCCUUGAUCACCUUGAGCCUCCAGCAAUGGAGUAUCCUAAUGUUGGCAUUGGUAAUGUUGAUGAUGCUGCUGCUGGUACUGAUGAUCCGGGUGACCUUGAUGAGGAGAUUGAUGAUAGCAUGCAAAGAAACCAUGGUGGCUAGAAUUAACCAGUAGCAUCAUGAGUGAAUGGUUUUGCGGGAGAUUUGAGUUAAAUAUCAGAUAAUAAAAUAAUAAUACAAAGAAUAAAAAGAAAAACAAACCUGUAUAGUUAGCAGGUUUUGAUUCAUUUCGUUGAACUUUGUGUGCUUGUUAGCUAGCCUAUAUACCAAACAUGCCUUGGCGAGGCUUUCUAUUUGUAUAUAGCUUUUUUUCUUUUUUCUAUUGUAAGGUUCGAACUCUAUUGAGUUGAUUGAAUAAACAUUAUGCAAUUUAUGUAACA